ACACGUACAACUGGACUAUCUCAGACAAAUGAGUGAAAUUAGCAUUCCUCCCUCUUGCUGCGACAUUGCACGCACUGAGGACUGAAUUGAAGAGCAUCUCGGACAGAUUAGUGAAAUUAACAUCCCUCUUCUGCUUCAACACUACACACAUCGAGCAAAUAAUUUUCACACGCCCAUAUCUAACGCUUCUCCAUCUCUCUUCUCUGCACACUGAAAUCACGUUUCGAGUGAAUUCACGUUUCUUGAAAACCAAAGAGGUAUAUGCGAGUCUUCUCCUAAAGUGGGUGAUAUUUUGGGCGGGGCCUCAACCGAAGGAAUAAAGUAAAAUCACGUUUCUUGAAAACUUAGGCAAUGGAAGAGGUGGUGGGUUCAGCUGUAGUCGAGAUCGGAAAGUGCGCAUGUGCUCCUCUUAAGGAACAUGUGGGCUAUCUUAUGCAUUUUAAUGACAAUGUUAAGAACCUGGAAGUCCGCGUACAAGAUCUGAGGGACACGAGGGAGCGCAUUGAUCGAUUAGUAAGCACGGGUUGCUCCAAUGGUGAAGAAGAAACCCCACAAGUUAGGCGAUGGCUAACACGAGCUGCCGGAAGGAUACAAGAAGCAGAGACGAUACAGCAAAAAGUGGCAGAAAACAGGGGAUGUCUACAUUGUCUGAAUCUGAAAUGGCGUUACAGUAAAAGCAAGCAGGCGAAACAGAUGACGGAGAACAUUUUUAGCCUCAAUAAUGACGGGAAUCAAGACAAGAUGAAGAUGACAAUGCCCCCAUCCCUUCCGACCGUCAUAAACGAGGAAGCUCCAUCAAUCCAGGGUCUAUCAUCAGUAGAAUCAUCUCUCCAAAAAGUCAUGAGUGCUUUAAGUGAUGAAAAUACCAAAAUAAUUGGAGUAUGGGGCAUGGGUGGUGUGGGCAAAACUACCCUCGUGAAAAAUGUGAACAAUGAGUUGCAAGGGACACAACAAUUCAAUAAAGUCAUAAUGGUGAUUGUUUCAGAGAACGUGGAUAUCAAAAGGAUCCAGGGAGACAUUGCGAAGAGAUUGGGUUUCACACUCCUGGAUGGGACGUCCGAGUCCUCACGAGCAAGUGAUCUGAGGACUAGAUUGAUGCAAGAGGAGAAAUUUCUCAUCAUAUUGGAUGAUUUGUGGGAGCGACUUGAUUUGGCUGAUGUAGGAAUUCCCUCUACUAACAGCCUUGAAGGUUGUAAAAUCAUAUUCACAACGCGUAAUGAAGAUGUGUGUCAAGGAAUGGAAAGCCAAGUUGACAUUCAAGUAAAAGUGCUCUCAGAAGAGGAAUCGUGGAAACUAUUCAAAGAAAAAGCAGGUGCUGUUGUAGAUAACUCUUCCUUGCAAAGCAAGGCGAAGGAGGUUUUAAAGGAAUGUGGCGGUCUUCCCCUAGCAAUUAUCACACUUGGACGGGCACUAAGAGGUAGGAGAAAUCCUAAGGAAUGGGAUAAUGCACUGUCACAGCUGAAGAAAUCUGUGCCAAGCGAUAUCAAAGGCAUGGAGAAUGGGGUAUACCAUUCUAUCAAAAUUAGCUACGACCAUUUGCGACCUCAGCUAAAACCAGCUUUCUUAUUCUGCUGCCUGUUUCCUGAAGAUUAUGAUAUUCAUGUGGACUGGAUGAUUAGAUUGUGGAAGGGUGAAGGCUUUUUGGAAGAUGUUGAAAGUUGGGAGGAAGCAUUAAAUAAAGGGCACGCUUUGGUUGAAGGACUCAAAUCUUCUUGUUUGUUAUUAGCAGGUGAAAAGAAGGGUAUGUAAAGAUGCACGACAUUGUUAGGGAUGUUGCCAUUUGGAUUUCGUCAGAAGAAUGUAAGGACUGCAAAUCUUUUGUGAGAAUCGGAUUGAAAGGUUUGCCACGGGGGAAAAGUUGGGAGGAAUACAAGAGGAUUUCUCUCUGGCGAUGUGGGAUUAAUAAACUGCCAGAAGGGAUGCAUUGUCCUAAAUUGGUGACAUUGAUGAUGCCAGGA